AUGCAAAGUAACGCCCACAUCACCCCUUCUUCCAAAUUAUUCCACAUACUGAUUAUUCCCAGAAUCUGCAACCCCCUAGCCGGAAUCUCAAAACAGGACCUCCUUGCACGUGUAGCUUCCUUCUGCGCCAGCUACGAACUCACCGACAAACUCUCCAUCUUCGAAAAGGGGGCACUCGUGGCACAGAAUCCAGAUAGUUUCGAAAGCAUCGACGAACUUGACGAAGAAGACAAGAGACAUCUCCGACGCGAGGUAACUCAUAAGUGGCAUCUUCCUCGCACUCUAUACUUCACUAUCGGUCUCUGCUCACUCGGCUCUGCCGUCCAAGGAUGGGACAACACCGGUGCCAACGGGGCCAAUCUUUCCUUUCCCGAGGAGUUUGGCAUUGCGCAUAAUACAUGGCUAGUGGGUUUCAUUAAUGCAGCACCCACGAUCUCCGGGCUCUUUGCAGCCUGGGCUGCCGAUCCACUGAACAACAUGAUGGGCCGCCGCGGCGUCAUAUUCUUCACGGGCCUUUUCUGCGUCUUUCCUGUUCUCGCCCAAGCGUUCACGCAGAAUUGGUGGGGCCUACUACUUACACGUCUCAUCAUGGGGAUCGGGCUGGGAAUCAAGAUCACUACUAUUCCGAUCAUGACUUCUGAGGUGGUGCCCGCUACGAUAAGAGGCGGACUUGUUAUGAGUUUCCAACUCUGGGUUGCGUUCGGGAUUUUGGUUGGGUUUUGCUCGAAUCUAAUUUUUCAUGAUAUUGGGAGGUUGGCGUGGAGGUUUCAGCUCGGUGCUGCUUUUGCUCCUGCCAUACCUAUCCUGAUCCUCGUCUGGUACUGCCCAGAGUCUCCACGUUGGCUUCUGAAGAAGUACCGCAUCAAGGAGUCAUUCGAGUCCUUCUGCCGUCUCCGUAACACCGAAGUCAUGGCAGCACGAGACCUAUAUUACGCAUACAACCAAUUCAUCGUCGAAGAAGAAGUCUUCGGCGGCUCUUCCUUCCUCACCCGCUUCACCGAACUCUUCACCGUCCCGCGAAUCCGGCGCGCCACAAUAGGCGGCGCUAUCGUGAUGACCGCCCAGCAGUUCUCCGGAAUCAACAUCAUGGCUUUCUACUCCUCGACCAUCUUCGCACAAGCGGGAUAUGACAGCAAACACACCCUCCUCGCAUCCUUCGGCUUCGGACUCGUGAAUUUCGUCUUUGCUUUCCCAGCUAUAUGGACAAUUGAUACCUUUGGCCGCCGUAAUCUCCUCCUUUUCACUUUCCCGAAUAUGGCAUGGUGCUUGGUUGCUGGAGGAUGCUGUUUUCUGCUACCAGAAGAAUCGGCGGCGAGAUUGCCACUUAUUGCUUUCUUUGUUUAUCUUUUUACGGCGUUUUACUCACCCGGUAUUGGUCCCGUCCCGAACGUCUACGCAGCAGAAUGCUUCCCUCUCUCGCACCGCGAAAUCGGCGCCGCGUCAUGCAUCUUCGUCAACAACGCGCUCUCCAGUAUCCUAGGCCUGACUUUCCCUUCUUUGCUGGCCGGGAUCACUCCCAGUGGAGCAUUCGGUUUCUACGCGGGUUUGAAUAUGCUAGCAUUCGUCAUUAUCUUUUUCUUCCUCCCCGAGACUAAGCAACGCACUCUCGAAGAACUAGAUUACAUCUUCGGCGUCCCGACCCGUCGACACGCAGCGUAUUAUUCUUUCACCUGGCUGCCGUGGGCUGUGAAACGGCAUGUUCUGUUUCAGGGGAAGGCGAGUUUGGAACCGUUGUAUCAUCUUGAGGGGUUUGAGGGGAGGAAUAUGGGAGAGGCUGGGGCUUGGCAUUAAUUAGGUUUGAAGUGGAUUGGGGGGAAAUUGGAAAGUACGGGGUGUGAGGCGGGCAAGGGAGUGAGGGAGGUAAGGUAAGGUCUUGGAU